UCGUUACUGGGCUGGGGAAAGACGGGGGUGGGUGGCAGGACCUGCGCGCCCACCGAUCGGCGCCAGAACCGCCCCGGUAGCCAGCAGGGAACGCGGAAGGGAGCGCUUCGGAGCCCGUCGGGCCGCGCCGCAGGAGGAGGAGGAGGAGGAGGAAGAAGCGGCGGGGCGAAGCGAGAGCUCCAGCCGAGCCGGGUGGGGGUUUGGCCGUCGCGCUCCCGGCAACUUUACGCGCGGCGCGGGCGCGCUUGCCUAGCCGAGGGAGCCCCCCGGAGCCGUUCCGUCCCUUGCCCACCAUGAAGGCGGCGGUGGACCUGAAGCCGACCCUGACCCUGAUCAAGACGGAGAAGGUCGAGGCGGACCCCUUCCCGUCGCCCGAUAUGGAGUGUGCAGAUGUGCCUUUGUUAACUCCAAGCAGCAAAGAAAUGAUGUCACAGGCAUUAAAAGCCACUUUCAGUGGCUUCACGAAAGAACAGCAACGUCUGGGAAUACCCAAAGACCCUCAGCAAUGGACAGAGACCCACGUACGGGACUGGGUGAUGUGGGCCGUGAAUGAGUUCAGCCUGAAGGGUGUGGACUUCCAGAAGUUCUGUAUGAAUGGAGCUGCCCUGUGCGGUCUGGGCAAGGACUGCUUCAUUGAACUGGCACCAGAUUUCGUAGGAGAUAUUCUCUGGGAACAUCUGGAGAUCCUACAAAAAGAGGAGGCAAAGCCAUACCCAGCAAACAACAUGAACCCCACUUAUCCAGAAUCCCGCUACACAUCAGAUUACUUCAUUAGUUAUGGUAUUGAGCAUGCUCAGUGUGUUCCUCCCUCAGAGUUCUCAGAGCCCAGUUUCAUCACAGAGUCUUACCAGACCCUCCAUCCAAUCAGCUCAGAAGAGCUCCUGUCCCUCAAAUACGAGAAUGAUUACCCAUCCGUCCUACUCCGUGACCCAGUGCAGAUGGAUGCCUUGCAGACAGACUACUUCACAAUAAAGCAGGAAGUUGUGACACCGGACAACAUGUGCAUGGGGCGCACCAGCCGAGGUAAACUCGGUGGCCAGGAUUCCUUUGAGAGCAUAGAGAGCUAUGACAGCUGUGAUCGUCUGACGCAAUCCUGGAGCAGUCAGUCAUCCUUCCAAAGUCUCCAACGUGUCCCCUCUUAUGACAGCUUUGAUUCGGAGGACUACCCAGUUGCCUUGCCCAACCACAAGCCCAAAGGCACCUUUAAGGACUAUGUGCGAGACCGAGCAGACAUGAAUAAGGACAAACCUGUCAUCCCUGCUGCCGCCCUGGCUGGCUACACAGGUAGCGGACCCAUUCAACUGUGGCAAUUCUUGCUGGAGCUCCUCACGGACAAGUCCUGCCAGUCCUUUAUCAGCUGGACAGGGGACGGUUGGGAAUUCAAGCUCUCCGAUCCCGAUGAGGUUGCGAGAAGAUGGGGCAAGAGGAAAAACAAGCCAAAAAUGAACUAUGAGAAGCUGAGCCGUGGGUUGCGCUAUUACUACGACAAGAACAUAAUCCACAAGACUGCGGGAAAACGGUACGUUUACCGUUUUGUGUGCGAUCUGCAGAGCUUGCUGGGAUACACGCCUGAAGAACUCCAUGCCAUGUUGGAUGUCAAACCCGAUGCCGAUGAAUGAAUGGAAGACUGAGACCUUGCAGACGAUUCCGUGCCUCCAUCCAGAAAUCCCAUGGGACUUUCUGCUUCUUCUUUUUUCACUGCCAUGAUUUUACUUUGAAAAGAAACUCAGCAUUUACAUUGUAUGGCAUAGGGGUGGGAUGGGACAGAUGAAGCGUUUGGACAAAACUGUGAUAUCGUUUCAGUUGGGAGGAGACAGAAACAGCUUUUACAUGAGAAUGUUCAGGAAGAGUUUUAUCGGAGGCUGACAUUUUUAAAAAUCAGGGGGGAAAAAAAGCUUAAAAGUUUUGUUUGUUUUUAAAACCACCCUGUUGCAAUUAAUUUGUGCAUUUAUUGACCAUCUGUGACCUGGGAUCAUAAGUUGACAAUUCACAAGGUUGAAAGUCUCCCAAGGCAACAUUUUCAGGAGAGUGAAGGAGAUAGUCUAAGAGCACUGAAUGUUCUACAUUGCAAGGAGAACACAUUGGAAUAGCUAAUAACUGUGGUCCUAACUAACUUUGCAUUUCAAAAGGGCAGAUUUUCAUCAGGAGGGACCAAAUCUUUUUUUUUUUGUAAAAAAAGUUAUUUUAUUAAUUUUUGUGCCAGUAUUUUUUAAAAAAUAGCCUUAAGCUCUAAGAUGGUCUCCAUAUUGCAAUAUUGUGUGUUGUUUGUUUUUGUUACGACAGCUGCAAAUUUUAUCUGCAUUGAGGAAAAGAGAACAGAGUUGAUGUAGACCCCACCAGAAACAGAUAGAGGUUAACGGCUGUGAUAAAAAAUCAAGAUCAAACCGGGGGAUAAUGUGGGUGUUUCACUUUAACGUUGGAGCCUCCUGCACUUUACUGUGUUUCUCCGUCUCUAGAGCUAGUGGAUCUAGAUUAGUAGAAAGGAUCCAUAGUUCAGUGGUAAAGCACAAACCUUCUUGCAUGCAGUCCUGGAUUUGACCCUUUGGUUUUAAAAGAGGGUCUCAGGAUGAUGGUUUGGGAAAGACCAUUGCCUGAGAUACUGGCAAGCCACUGCCUGUCUGCACGGGUUAUAUCGAGCAAGGAGACCCUAUUGACUGCCAAAGGAUAAAGCCGCUUUCUUUGUCCAUCCGUUUUAGUUGACUGCAGCGGGACUUCAUUGAAUUUUCUGCACAUGUCUCAGUCCUUCCCAAGAUAAUUUAGAACAAAGGUUUCUUUCUUUUUUGAUCCUAAUAUUGAAAUUCAAAGUUUUGAGCUAAUGCACAGUGCAGUCCUAAACAGAGUUACACCCUUUUAAGCCCCUUUGCUUUAAUUAGAAGGAUAUAACGUUGCAUAAGACUACAGUGUCGACUGCAUAUUUUUCGUGAUUGCAUAUUAUUGGUCCUCACUGGAACCAACUCACAGGAAGACUUGUUUGCUGAGAGCCAGUAUAGUGUAAUAAUGACUAUUCAAUCCAAGGGGGGUGGGGGUGGGCAAAGCCACACUGGAAGUGGUGUGACCCCUUUCCUAGCGUCCAUGCACCUUGGCUCAUCCAAAUGAGCACCAUCGCUGACUCAGGGGCCUUAAAUCAGCACAGGGGGCCGUGCUGCAGCUCAGCAGCCAGGUGUCCUGGAAGGCUCAACACUGGUGCUUCUCCAAUACUGGAGCCUGUGCAGGUGUGGAGGGAAGAGUGUUCUGGGGGCUUUCCUGGGAGCGGACCCAACUUUAGUCAGCUUCCAGUGCCAUUUCCUACUAAAGCUGUUUUUAGAAUGGAGGGAGAGAGGGGGAAGAAUAUUAAUCCUCUCAUCCUGAAUGCCAAUUCGCACAUUACAAUCCAGCCAGGUUUAGUUCUGAGGAUAGAAGUACUUAAAAGACUCGCCUGUUUUUACCUGUGUGGCUGUGUGACACUGCUGUCUGUCACAACUGAUGAGGCAAUCUGAAGUUGCAACUCUAAGGUCCCUUCCACACAGCAAAAUAAAAGAGGGUGAAAGGUGGGUCACAUGAAUCCGUCUUCGCCCUGGCCCGUUUGCAUGGCUGGCUAUCCCAUGGAUAGCCAACUAUGCGAAUGGAGCAUGCACCUUUGCAUGGAGGUGCUUUUGGGGGGGAUUCCCUGCCUCCCUCCAAAGCACAGCUUCAGAAACAGGCACGACUGACCCCCAGGGCCACGGAGCAGUCCUUUGUCCCUGUGUGGCUCCGCAGAUGGGAGCCAGGGACUGCAGUUCUCUUGUUGGAUCACAGCUGCCUAACGCGCCUCACAGCCAUGGCCAUUUGUUCAGCCACAGCUGCAAGGCAUGUUAAAACAAAAGAAUCACACAUAUCGUGAUUCUUUAAUAACCUGGGGCGGCGGGGACGGGACGUGGAAUGAAUCCACAUUAGGAUUGGGAUCUGUAGAAAGUUCCCCGCCAACCUGGUUUUUUUAAUUGUUGUUAUCCUGGUUUAAUUGGCUCGUGCAGAAAGGGCCUAAGUGAGUUUAUCAGAAGGCAUGACUUUGUGGCAAAGUGAGUUUCUGCAGUUUUGCUGAAUCGCAGUGGGCCAGCAAGGUUUUGUGUCUAUUCUUCUCUAAGUAACAAAGUGACAAAGAAGAAAAUGUAUGGCUUUACACUUGCUCUUUCUUCUUCCUCUUGGCAGAAAAGAUAUAUGUCCUCAGAGGUUUUAAUAUGGGUGUUUGGUAGCUAACCUAUCAGACCAUCUGGCUGUGGACAGUAAAUCCCUGCCAUUGUUUUAGGCAAGGCUUGCUGGAGAUCUUGGCUUUGCUGAAUGGGGACAAGCUCAGUAUUUCUGGGAUGUUGCAGAAGGAAGAUUUUUGAGCCAAGAACGUUCAGUGGUGGAUUGUCUUGGAAUGGAUGUUAAGAUACCAGUAUCUAGGGCUCAGCUAGAUUUGAUUUCACUGGAGACAAAGAGUGUGGGUGGGAAGGAUGGGGAAGAAAGAAAGAAAGAAAGAAAGAAAGAAAGGUUAGUGGAGGUAGAAGAGAAUGUAUCCCUAAAGCCAAAGGGUUUCUUGUGUAGCAUCUGUAGCAUUUGGUGAUUUUAGCCAUAAACAUAGAGGAAGUAGAAGGAAAAGAAGAAGAGUUUGGAUUUAUACCCCACCUUUCUCUGCUGCAAGGAGUCUCAAAGCAGCUUACAAAGCCCUUCCCUUCCUCCCAUAAAAAAAACCUUGUGAGGUCAGUGGGGCUGAGAGAGUUCUGAGAGAACUGUGAUUAGUCCAAGCCUUCUCAUUUGGGUGCCUUCCUUAAAAACCAUAACAUUUUGCUAGUGAAGUGUAGAAUAUACAUGUGUUUCUAGUCCACCAGUAGUUUUAGUUUCAAUUUUUAACAAGCUAGAAUGAGAAGCAAAUUUCAAUCUGUUUCCACUUUGGCUAUUUUCCCCAGAGUAGUUUCCUCACCAUUGAUGAUGGCCAAGCAAGGAUGCUUUUUAAUAAUAAGAAUGAAUUUAUAAUUAUAAUUUAUAAUUAGAAUAAUUAGAAUUUAUAAUUAUAAACAAAUUUAUAAUUCAUAAGUGGGUAACUGUUUUGUGGACUGCCUAUUUGUAUGGGCGUUUUCAAAGUUGAUUUUGCGAACAGGCUUAUUUUGUUCCAGUUAUCUAGAGCUAUCAGCUUUCUUUUCCGUGAUCAUUUGCUGUCUCCUUGUAGCAUGCCGUGGUCCAGAUCAUGUGGCUGUAGCCGUGUGUUUUUGUUGGGCAAGUUCUUGUCCCUUAAGAUAGGGAGCUAGCGACCCGAACAGUCUCCUUUUAACUUUAUGAUUAAAAACUGAUAUCCAGGUCAUUUAGCAUUCACGAUUGGGAGAUGCAUUCUCAGGGAUCCUACAGGGCAACUAAAUGCCGUAAGUAUGCAAGGCAGCAUCUGUGGCAUUAAUCCAUUAUCAGUGUUUAUGUCUUUAAAUGCAGGCAUAUUGCCUUAGCCAUGUGUUCUGCUUGGCCUGUUUUUCCCACCUUCUCAGAUUAGAAAUAGACGCAGAUUCAUGGGAGCACUUCAUAAACUGGAGAUCUGCAAAGUGAACACUUUCUUUUGUUUGUUUGUUUUAAAUGGAAUUUAUGAAGGGAAGUGUAAAGAUAAUUGCCAUUCGCGUCCGCAGGCUUUUAUGACAAAGAUUUACAGGAAACCUCUCUUUGUAUUCUUGUGACUAUAACUUGUGCCAUUCAUUCCAAUAGGGUCCAUGCUGAAAAAGUUUCCGCUCGGCUAUACCCAGUGCGUUUCACUGUACUUGGGGGG